CUUGCCGGUAUCCGUAUCCGGGCGGGAGUGCCCGCGCGGCGUGCGCCACUCGGUGACCGACGCUUCUCGAUCGCGCGCCGCGAUCGGGACUUUCUCGCCGCUCCCUCGCGACCUGCAGCCAACGCCGGCCACUCGACCAGUCAGUCAUUCACCCACUCGCUCGCACUGAUAGCCAGCCUGCCAAGCACCGGCCGGCAAUCAAUCCACCCGGUCACCUCACGUCACCCGCCUAGGCAUCCAGUCUAAAACACGGUGGAAGCUUAGCUAGUGCCAGCGCCAUAUCCAUUGAGCAUGGGGGCGUUGGCGGCGUCGAUCGCGUCGCACGUGCCGUCGGGUAUGCUGAGCGCGGGGCUGGCAGCGCUGGCCGCGCUGCCGAACCCCGGCGAGCUGGUGCGGAAGGCGGCGCGGCUGGAGGACGAGCUGAGGGAGCUGCUCCGGCUGAACGGCCGUGGCGCCGAGGCGAGGGCGGAGCAGGGGGCCGGCAACAGGGCGCAGCAGACGCGGGAGCGGUUCCUGCGCGCGUACGAGCGGCUCAAGGACGAGCUCCUCAACGACCGCGCCUUCAACUUCGACUUCACCGAGGAGACCAGGCAGUGGGUCGCCAAGAUGCUGGACUACAACGUGCCUGGAGGGAAGCUGAACCGGGGGCUGUCUGUGAUCGACAGCUACAUGCUGCUGCGGGAGGGCACCGAGGUGGACGAAGAGGACUUCUACCUCGCCUGCGUCCUCGGAUGGUGCAUCGAAUGGCUCCAGGCGUCUGCGCUGGUGAUGGAUGACAUCACGGACAACGCCUACACGAGGCGGGACAACCUCUGCUGGUACAAGCUGCCCACCGUUGGCCUGUCUGCGAUAAACGAUGGCGUGCUGCUGAAAUGUCACGUCCAGGCCAUCAUCAAGCGCUACUUCAAGGAGAAGUUCUACUUCAUGGAACUCAUGGAGCUCUGGAACGAGAUUGGGUUGCAAACUGCCAUGGGGCAGAUGCUGGACCUCAUCACCACACACACUGGCGCCAAGGAUCUCGCCAGAUACAGGAUCCAAGGGUACCGCCGCAUUGUCAAGUACAAGACAUCCUAUUAUUCCUUCUACCUGCCGGUUGCCUGUGCAUUGCUCUUGAAUGGCGCGAAAUUGAGCGACUACGUCGAGCUCAAAAAUGUACUGAUUGAGAUGGGAGUCUACUUUCAGAUACAGGAUGACUACCUGGAUUGCUUCGGCGACCCUCAAGUUAUUGGCAAGGUUGGAACAGACAUAGAAGACUACAAGUGCUCCUGGCUAAUUGUCCAGGCUAUGGAACUGGCUAAUGAGAAUGAGAUGAAAAUACUAUAUGAAAACUAUGGCAAGUCUUGCCCGGAAUGUGUUGCGGCAGUGAAAAAUGUCUAUAAGGAGCUUGAUCUUCAGGACAUAUUCUUGGAGUACGAGUCAAGAGUUUACAAGCACCUAGUUUCAACCAUUGACGCCGAACCGGACGGUGCGAUUCGGGAGAUUUUGAAGAUCUUUCUGAAGAAGAUUUAUAGGAGAAAGAAGUAGACGACCCUCUCUCGUGUUUUCAUAACCGUGAUUACUACGGGAGAAACCUUAAAUACAUUACACGGCUGGGGUUGUCAUGCGCUCCUUUGUACAACAUGUAUGAUAUGAACUGGAGAAGACACUGCCUUGAGAUAAAGACCAGAAAUAAAUAAGAAUUACAAUCUCUUGAAAACUCUAAA